ACCGCGACCACCUCGUCCGCACCUCCCUCGUCGUCGUUCGGCCCGACCGCGGCUUACGACGACCAGGUCGCGCGAGGCUUCAUCCAGAACGACCCGCACCAGCGCAGCAUCGUCGCCCUCCUCCAGGACAUGUACGACCAGCUCGCCAGCUACGACCCUCCCCCAAUCGGCCCGCUCCCGCCGCCCGUCCAGCCGAGCAUGUGGGACCGCCUCAUGCGCUCGCGCUUCUUCCGCGACAUGGCCGACGAGCUCCACCAGGCCAACACGGCCACGAUCCCGCUCCCGCCACCACCGCCGGGCCUCCCGAAAGGCCUGUACCUCUUCGGCUCGGUCGGCUGCGGCAAGUCGUUCCUCAUGGACCUCCUGUACGCCCACCUCCCCGACAAGUACCGCCGCUCGGCGAGCGAGGGCGGCUUUGGCGCGAGGAGGGUCCACUUCCACCAGUUCAUGAUGGACGUCCACAAGAAGGGCCACCUCAUCAAGCUCCGAGACGGCGCCGCCCAGGACUGGAUCGUCAUGGCCGCGAGGGAAAUCGCCGGCGAGACGCGCGUCCUGUGCUUCGACGAGUUCCAGGUGACCGACAUUGCCGAUGCCAUGAUCCUGCGCCGCCUCAUGGAGGCCCUGCACGCGCACGGCGUCGUCUGCGUCAUGACGUCCAACCGAGCGCCCGACGAGCUCUACAAGAACGGCAUUCAGCGCGAGCAGUUCGUGCCCUGCAUCGAGCUCAUCAAGAGCAGCUUUGUCGUGCACUGCCUCGACUCGGACAUCGACUACCGCAAGCGCCCUCGCGAGCUCUCGCGCGUCUACUUCAGCCCGAUCACGGACGCGACCAAGCGCGAGUUCGCCAAGCUGUUCCGCAGCGCGUGCGACCACCUGUCGCCCAACGAGGCCGUCACGACCGACCGCCAGCUGUCGGUGUGGGGCCGCCCGGUGCACGUGCCGCACUCGACGUCGCAGGUGGCCCACUUUGCGUUCGAGGACCUGUGCGGCGACGGGCACAGCGCGGCCGACUACCUCGAGAUCACCAAGACGUUCGGGAGCAUCUUUGUCAGCGGCGUGCCGCAGCUCGGGCUCGAGACCAAGGACCAGGCGAGGCGCUUCAUCCUCUUUGUCGACGCGGCGUACGAGGCCAAGACCAAGCUCUUCGUCCUCUCGGACCCGCCUAUCGCGCAAGUCUUCUCGGACGAGCGGCCGGCGGGCGCGGUCGGCGCGGGCGAGAUCUCGGCGCACCAGCGCUCGAUGAUGGACGACCUCGGCCUGUCGGCCGACAUUGUCGGCGCGAGCUCGAUCUUUACCGGUGACGAGGAGGUGUUUGCGUUCGCGAGGGCUGUCUCUCGCAUCACGGAGAUGGGCACGGUGCACUGGGCGAGGUCGCAGGGCGUUGCCGAGGGCGCGCAGGGGCUCAAGGGCGAGCAGGUCGAGGAGGAGGGCGUCAGGCUGUCGGCGGCGGCGUAGCGAGCUGGUGCAGGGCACGGCGCACAGUCACACUCGGUCUGAUAUAGUCGUGCAACUAGCUCGUGAGCGCCUCCCGAGAGGGAACGACGAGGCGCGAACUUUUGGCUCGGACCCCCCU